AUGAGAAUUGAAUGUAGAAAUAAAAUUAAAAUUUUAGAAUUUGAUCCAAAAGAGGAUAAUGAUAUUUAUGAAAGUUGUGAAGCUAAAAUUUCGGUUUGCUCUAAUGAUGAAUAUUUCCUUUAUUAUGAAAUUGAAGGAAAUGAAAAGAAAAUUGAAUUACAAUGUGAAGAAGCAUUUCAUGAAGAUAAUAAAAUAAAUAUUUAUUUUAUUAAUAUUGAAAUGAUUGCAACAUGUAAAUUAAUCUCUCCGGAAGAAUUAACGUCCUUCUCUUCACAAAAUUUUGAAAAAAAUAAAAAUAAAGCAAAAUGUAUUGAACAGGAUAAUAAAUUAAAAGAAGAUUGUUUAAAUAUUCAAAGAUUUUUAGAAGCUCCAUUGGAUGAUGGGGUGCUAAAAAUUGCAAACUACUAUACAAAUCUAGGACAGCCAAGUCCAAACACUCCAACUUCAAAAGGUAUAAAAAUUAAUUUAAUUGAUAUACCUAGGUAUUUUACUCUAACUAAGGAUACUGAAUAUAAUUUUUGUAAAGUGCAUAUUUAUUAA